CUUCUCGUUGCUAGGUAACCCUCUCCCAAGAUGGCAGUCGAAAGUAUCGAGGGAACAGCAGUCUGUCCGCUCUACUAACUGUAGUCUGUCUGUUUGUGUCCUGCGCGUUGUUGUUCGGCUGUAAACAAGGAUAACUUAGCAAAUAGGUGUUGUAUUUCUGUUGAAUCUUUGCACUUUUUGUUCAGAUUCUGUGCUGGGUAUUGGACGGUUUUUGUGUUCGUUGUCAGGCUGUCUCAGAGUAGUGUUUUUAAGCCGUAACUGUCGUGUUUUGGACUGAAACGAGCGUACAUAGUUACAGCUAGCCUCUUGAACUAGCCACAGUUAGCUGAGCCGACUAAUACAUUUCCGAAUAAAACUUCGCAUAUCCUGGAAACAUUUCCAUUUUCAGCGAUUAGGACGUUCCGAACAAUGGGUGGCUGGUCAAAGGGGCCUCGUGCUGCCAUGGAUGCAGGAAGUAGUGACGGUGAAGAGUCACUGCAGAUAGCAUUUAAAAAGUUGAAGGUUGACCCUGAGAGUUUACCAGGGGUUGUGAGUGUUUCAGAGCCAAGAGUGAAUCCAUGGUCCUCUCAUGACAGCAGCAGCGUGAAGCCAAAACUCAGCUCCCCUAAAGACAACAGGCGUGGGUGCAUGAGGAAAUCCUCUAGAGGAGUGUCCAGAAACCAGAGGCGUCGGAGGUCCAAGUCCCCGAUUCUUCGUUCCCCGAUUUUCACUUAUUGCAGCACCAUGGAAACCUCUGCAGUGUCUGCCCAUGCUGGAGGUGUCUCAGCCCAGAAAGUGCUCUUUUCUUCAGGAAUCCCAGGCUGUUCUGGAGCUGGAAUGUCUUCAACAUCCUUACAGGAGGUUCCUUGUGGCAUUAAUCCCGUGACACCAACAUUCACACAUUCACUCAGUUCCACAGAGGAACAUACCCGUGAGGGGGCAGGACCACCUCAGAAACCUGAACCUGCUGGAUUUACAGACUUAGGGAAACGCUAUAAUUCUGAGAGGGAAGAAGAUAAACCACCUGCAGGUCAGUGCCUACACCAGCAUCCAGUGCAGGAGGUGAAGGAUGUUUUCUCCUUCACGGGGCUCCACAAUGCCCUCUCAUGUGAGCGGACGCUCCCAAGCUACGAGGACUCUUCUAGGACUCACAGCACGGCCGCGUUGGCCCCGUCGCUGUCUCGCUCGUGCUCGGAGCAGGCGCGCGCCUGCGUGGACGACUUCAAUAUAGAGGACCUCUGUGGCUACAUGGAGUAUUAUCUGUACAUCCCCAAGGAAAUGUCCACCAUGGCUGAGAUGAUGUACACAUAAAAACAAACCAGAAGGACAAAAAAGACAGACAGAGAGAGAGACUAUAUGAAAUAAGGAAAGUAUUAAUGUCGAAUUCUUUCAGUUUUUGGGAGAAGGAUGAAAACAAGGUGUUGGUCUUGUGUAGAAAUAUGGAUCACACAAGAAUAAAUUCAAACGUACAAAAUAAACAGGUCUUUUAUCGGA